UCACAACAUGGAGAGGGCGAGCUCCCGGCCGCAAAGCGCUCUGAUUGACAGCUCCAGUGUCCUAAAAAGGGAUUGAAAUGAUGUGUAUCAGACGGUUUAUAUAGGAGGGCAGAAAGGCACUGAGCACGGGCACACACAGCCCUAACCCCGCACACUUCAGGAUAACGUGCCCCGGCUCACCAUGCACUGCCAGGCCGAGCUAAGGCUCACCUCUCCCGGCCAGCUCAAGGCAGCCAGGCGGCGCUACAAAUCCUUCAUGAUCGACGAGAUUCUGUCCAAGGAGACGUGCGACUACUUCGAGAAGCUGUCCCUGUACUCGGUGUGCCCGUCCCUGCUGGUCAGACCCAAACCCCUGCACUCCUGUACCGGCUCAUCUCCUCUCAGAUCAUAUCCUCUUCUCUCCGUGAUCUCCCGGCAGCCCGGCGUGGUUACACAUUUGGUCCCUUCACCCUCAUCCCCUAACGUCCAGGUGCUCUCCCCAACACACCUGUCUCCGGGAUGCGUACGUCCUGAGACCCCUGCCAGUGAAGCCCACCCCAGCAGUGAAUCAGAACACGAGCAAUCUAUCUCUAGAGCGAAAAAACCUCGGCGCAGCAGAACCAUCUUCACUGAACUGCAGCUUAUGGGCCUGGAAAAGAAAUUCCAGAAGCAGAAAUAUUUGUCCACCCCAGACCGCCUAGACCUGGCUCAGUCUCUGGGUCUAACACAACUGCAGGUCAAGACCUGGUAUCAAAAUCGCAGGAUGAAAUGGAAAAAAAUUGUGCUCAAAGGUGGACAAGAGGCGCCCACCAAACCCAAAGGACGUCCUAAGAAAAAUUCCAUCCCUACUUCUGAAGAAAUAGAGGCUGAGGAGAGGCUGAGCAGACUGGCACAAGCUUCGGAACUUGAAGAAGAUGAGGAGGAGAAGCAGGAUAAAGAAUCAGAAGACAACGAGGAUGGUCAGAAAAUGCUCCAGGUGACUGUGGAAGACGAAUACAAGAAUCUUGAGUCUCCUUCACCGACGUUGCCACCACCAUCAUCAUCCGAGGUCUCGUCCAGUGAAGGAACUGCCUUGGUCUAAAUGGACAGCAUCUGACAAAACAAACUAUUGAUAAUUCUGGACAUAGAGCUGCUGGAACGACCCAGGUGGGCUCUGCGGACUCAGUACAUGUUCAGGACAUGUUGGUUAUAGAAAUCUCCCACUAUUUCCUUUCACCUAAAAGGGAAGUGGUUAAAGCUGCCAUGUACGAGAAUGGAAAAUCUCCAUGACUAAUGCCAAAGGAGUCUCUUACUGUGUUAAUAUGACAGGGAUGUUUGCUGUGUUGGUAAAACAAUCAGACAGUGUAUAUAUAGUGUUCUUUAUUUUUGUGCCAGGAACUGCCGUGGAAAAGAAAGUGUUCCCCUAUUGUGACUUGGGAAUGCCUUCAAUUAAGUGCCUUUAUUUUGCAUGUUAAACGUCGAAAAACUAAAGGAAUAUUACAAGUGUCUGCAGAACAGUCCUAUUAUAACCUUCUCUGGUAUAUUAAUUCCAAUAUGGGUGAAUAACACAUGGAACCCCCCAAAUUCCAGACAGAGGGAACAAUACCUUGGUAGGAAGGUUUGAGAAGAGUUGCUAAGCUCUUAGCUUCUAAACCCCUGAAAAGAAUUUCCAUGGUUUAUAAAACUGAUUUCGGACAAAAA